AUGGCGUUGACCCCGCUGCAACACGCAGGUACUGAAUUUAUAAGAUUGCCAUGUCAGCAUUUCUUCUGCGAAAAAUGCAUGAAAACUUACGCGGAUGUUCUUGUACGAGAUGGUACGGUGAAUAAGCUUUGUUGCCCCACUACAAAAUGCGGUGGCAUGAUUCCACCGGGACUUUUGAAGGGAUUACUUGGUGAUGAAGAAUUUGAAAAAUGGGAAUCACUUACAUUACAAAAGACACUGGAAUCAAUGGCUGAUGUGGUCUAUUGUCCAAGAUGUGAAACACCAUGCAUCGAAGAAGAAGACGAUGAUGAUGCUCAAUGCACUAGAUGCUUCUUUAGUUUCUGCACAAUUUGCAUGGAAAGACGCCAUGUUGGCGUCAAGUGUUCUACGCCUGAAAUGAGGCUCCACAUAUUGCAGGCGAGACAAACGUCAAGUAAAAUUAAAGGUAAACAAAGGCAGCAUGAACAAGGCAUGAUACACGAGCUUCUUAGUGUGAGAGCGAUACUUCGCGAUGCAAAACAAUGCCCCUCUUGUAAAAUGGCAAUUUCAAAAACCGAAGGUUGUAAUAAAAUGUUCUGUCAAAAUUGUUGCAAGUACUUCUGCUAUCGUUGUAACAAGGCCGUCGAUGGAUAUGAUCAUUUCAGGGAUGGAGCUUGUGAACUUUUUCCGCAAGAAGAAAUACAAAAAUGGGAGGAACACGUGAACCCACGACAAGAAUUAGGCGAAAUCCAUGCUCAUUUGUUUGGUGAUCAUGGUCAUCCGUGCCCUCGAUGUGGUGAAAUCAAUGUGAAGGUUGGAAACGAAAAUCACAUGUUUUGUUGGGCAUGUCUUGGACGCUACUGUUAUUUGUGUAGAAAGAUUGUUAAGCGUGGCUCACGACAUUUCGGUCCAAAGGGUUGCAAACAAAACACGGUUGGAUAGUGUUGGUCUAAUGGUAUGAAAAGGGAAUAUUUACCAUGAAUAAGUUAGGGGUUUCAAGCUAACGUAAGCUCAUAACAAAAAAUUCGAUAUUAUGUUCAAGACUCUAGAGCUAGUCUAGUAUUAUUUUUUUAGUAAAUCAUAUGAAUGAUUUAUAUGGCCAAUGGCUUAUAUGAAA